CCAUAGGCCUCGCCUGAGCCUUUUCGAACCUCCGACUCCGAUCUCAACCUCCAUCGCCGUUCUUUCCGAUAGCGACCUCCCCUGCUCAUCGCAGUCAUAUUGCCCAUGAUGUUGGCGAGGUCUUCUUUGCGCUCGACGCGCACCCUCAAUGGGCUCCGAAAUGGCGCGACCGCUGUCACCAAGCGGACGAUCUCGGCUAGCUCUGGUGCCGCGAAGGAAGCUACUCCUACUUCCAUGAACAUUGCCGCCGUCGCUUCGACUUCUCUAGCUGUUGGCUCCAUCGCUUGGUACUACCACAUGUAUGGACCUGUGGCUCACGCUUCGACACCUGCUGAGGAGGGUCUUCACCCCACCAAGUACCCCUGGGUUCAUGAGCAGUGGUUCAAGACUUUUGACCACCAGGCCUUGCGCCGAGGUUUCCAGGUCUACCAGGAGGUGUGCGCCUCGUGCCACUCUCUCAGCCGAAUCCCUUACCGCACGCUUGUCGGCACCGUCCUGACCGUCGACGAGGCCAAGGCUCUUGCUGAAGCCAACGAAUACGAGGGCGAACCCGAUGAGCAGGGCGAGACCACAAUGCGCCCCGGAAAGCUCGCCGACUACAUCCCCUCUCCUUACAAGAAUGAGGAGGCUGCCCGAUUUGCCAACAACGGUGCCCUGCCCCCUGAUCUGAGCUUGAUUGUCAAGGCCCGCCACGGUGGCUGCAACUACAUUUUCGACCUCUUGACUGGCUACCCCGAGGAGCCCCCUGCCGGCGCCGUCGUCGCUCCUGGCAUGAACUUCAACCCCUACUUCCCCGGCACUGGCAUCGCCAUGGCCCGUGUUCUCUACGAUGGACUUGUCGAGUACGAGGACGGCACCCCUGCCUCGACCUCGCAGAUGGCCAAGGAUGUUGUCGAAUUCCUCAACUGGGCUGCCGAGCCUGAGAUGGACGACCGCAAGAAGAUGGGCAUGAAGGUCCUUGUUGUCACCUCUGUACUAUGGGCGAUGAGCGUGUGGGUCAAGCGAUACAAGUGGGCAUGGCUCAAGUCGAGGAAGCUGGCAUACGACCCUCCCAAGGAGACCAAGGUCCGUCACUGAUCGAGAUGCCGUCGGUCGUGUCUGGAUUUGUACACUAGUCACCCCCUAGAUCAGCUCAUUUGUUAGCGAAGGCGGGCGGAACUGGGUUGGGAGAUGAAGAGAGUUGGAGAAGGGAGCGGAAGCUAGAGUGUAAAUCAGCUAAACGUUUUCAAUACUUUUAUUUUGUCCUAGCACAGCGUCUAUUCCGCG